AUGGAUCGGCAUCAUAUCAUCUUUGUAUUCCUGGUGGUUCUUUUGACGCAGUGCAGCAAUCACAUGGCCCGAUGUGUCAUAACAGAUGUACGACUUGUUGGUAGUCCAACCUCCAAUAAAGGCACGGUUGAGAUCAGGAUAGACAAUGGGACAUGGGAGACAACAUGUGGAGUAAAUCUUGGUAUUGGUGACAUCAUUGUCAUCUGUAGACAGUUGGGAUUCACAGGAGCAAACACAGCGAUAAAAUACACACCUUAUGGACAGAGUUCAACUCCCACCAGAGGGCUGGGAUGUAUUGGAGCUAACUACACAUACGCAGGAGUAGAACUUGGAACGGAUUGUUACUGUGGUGAAGCUGAUGCCAGGUAUUCUAGACAUGGAGAGGUACCAAAUGAGUUUUGUCAGAACCCAUGUUCAGGAGAUCCUACCGAAAGCUGUGGUGGGAUCGGAUUUAUCUCUGUUUUUACAAUUCAGGUCGAGACUGUUGAGACGACAAACGCCGUCGUGUCAACUGAGAAGGUUAACGAAGUGACCACCCAAGUGUCUCUGAUAGCCAGUCAACCAAGCUCAGGGACGACCAGGAAUACCAAGGACGCUGUGACGUCAUCAACAAUGAUCACACCCUUGCAAACGCCCACAACGCUCCAACACAGUGGCAAUUGUUCUUAUGUGGCCAGCACUCUCGCUGUGGGCAUACUACUCGCUUUUGUUACCUUGUAUGGUAUCAUCAUAACAUUGAUGUACCUGCAUCUCAGACGCUCUAAAAUCGCUCUAAAGCCGUCAGUCAGUGACAGGGAGGUCCAGGAACUAGAUCCCUACACAUCCUUAGAUGCAACAACUGUGAAGCAACCAGCCUACGAGGAUAUCAAAGCACCUAGACACGGAAAUAGAGGUCACACGAAUGCAAUCGAGGGGGUAGAAUAUGAAAAUCAAACAAUAGUGAAGCAAACAGCUAGAGUGAAGAAAUCAAACUCGGGAGUAGCCAAUGAGAAUACUGAGCCGGACUACGAGUUGCCGGUUGUAAAAUGAUUCCAUGAAGUUGGGCCCAGAACGAGUUUUAAAUACAGUCAAACCUGACUAUUAAGGUGACUCAACGGAAAAAUA